UUCUUAACCUAAGUUCCUCUAGGCUCUAGCCCCCCAUGUCCACACAAAUACCUUCUCUCUCCUCUCUCUCAUACACACUCAAGUGUCAUUUUCUCACAUAUACUUCACACAAAAGAAACAACCCAUUCACUACAUACUACCUUGUCAUUGAUUUUCUCUCUCUAUAUCUCUCAAAAAUCUUUGCAAAAUCUGCUUAACCUCAAACAAUAUAAACAACAUUCUCAACAAAACCCAGAAAUCUCUUCCUCAAAUCUUUAAUACUCUUUUCUUUUUCCUCCUACCCACAAUAAAAAAAGGAUAUCUUUCUCUUAUUAUCUUCUUUGUCCUAACCCAAAGAAAAACAAGAACUAGGGUUCAUCAUAUCUGGAAACCGACUGAAGAAUCUCUUCAAGAAGAAGGAUAAGAAGUUAAAGGUCUCUUUCAUGGAGUUAUUUCCUGCUCAGCCCGAUUUAUCCUUACAGAUAAGUCCACCGAACAGCAAACCAACAUCGACAUGGCAGCGAAGAAGAUCAACAACAGAUCAAGAAGAUCAUGAAGAACUCGAUUUAGGGUUUUGGAGAAGAGCUCUUGAUUCAAGAACAUCUUCUCUCGUCUCUAAUUCAAGCUCAAAAACGAUCAAUCAUCCAUUUCAAGAUCUCUCGCUCUCUAACAACUCUCAUCAUCAACAACAACAACAUCAUCAUCAUCAUCCUCAGCUUCUCCCUAAUUGCAACGGCUCUAACAUCUUGACCUCUUUCCAAUUUCCGACACAACAGCAACAACAACACUUACAAGGGUUUCUUGCUCGUGACCUUAAUACUCACUUAAGACCAAUAAGAGGAAUCCCACUUUACCACAACCCUCCUCCACAUCAUCACCGUCCGCCACCACCGUGUUUCCCUUUCGAUCCGUCGUCUCUAAUUCCCUCUUCCUCCUCUUCCUCGCCGGCUCUUACCGGAAACAACAAUAGCUUUAAUACAAGUAGCGUUAGUAACCCUAAUUACCACAAUCAUCAUCACCAGACUCUGAACAGAGCCAGAUUCAUGCCAAGAUUCCCAGCUAAGCGAAGCAUGAGAGCUCCACGGAUGCGAUGGACCACCACUCUUCAUGCCCGGUUCGUUCACGCCGUUGAAUUACUCGGUGGCCAUGAAAGAGCAACACCCAAAUCAGUUCUUGAGCUCAUGGAUGUCAAAGAUCUAACCUUGGCUCAUGUUAAGUCCCAUUUACAGAUGUACAGAACAGUGAAGACAACCGACAAAGCAGCAGCUUCGUCAGGACAAUCUGAUGUCUAUGAAAAUGGAUCUUCAGGAGAUAAUAACUCAGACGAUUGGAUGUUCGAUAUGAAUCGAAAAUCUAGAGAUAGCGAGGAAUUGACGAAUCCUCUAGAGAAAUCAAAUGGUCUAUGGACAAAUUCUUCCGGAGAAGCACGUUUGCAUGGGAAGCUAAUCGAUAAUGUUGCAGAAAUUAUGCUACCUUCUGAGAAGGAACUAGAUGGAAAGUGCUCAAGUUAUGAGAGAAUAUCCUCAGAAGAGAUGAGCUCAUCAAGCAUCUCGGGAACAAGCCCAUUCAAGCCAAAUCUUGAGUUUACUCUGGGUCGAUCUCACUAAAUUUAUUGUUGUAGCUAGCUAGUAAUUAAUUAGUAUCAAUUAACUUAUAUUUUUGGCUAAUGACUAGUUUCGAUAUUCAUAUCAAUUGAAUAAGUGUUUUUUUUUUAAGCUUCUCAAUGUCCUCUUGGAAGGUUGGCAACACUGUUCUUUUUCCUUAUCUAUUGAGAAGAGCUAGUGAAAGAAUCAACUACUAGAGGCACAAUAAAUGUUCUGUUUCUUU